UAUCGAUGAGAUGCCAAUUCUGCGUUAGUCGAUUGUUUUACUUGCCAAAAUGCGGAUAGCCUUCCAAAAAUAUAUCUUGCUAGGUCUCUUUGUAGCUGUAGCAUCACUGCCUACGGAUAAUGUUGUAGAAGAGUCAGCACGCAUAGUUAACGGUUAUACGGUGGACAUAUCGGACGUGCCAUACCAGGCGACGUUACGUCGGCGACUCAUCUCCGGCUGGGGUCAUAUGUGUGGGGCGGUCGUCAUCAACGUGCGAGCAGUGCUUACUGCGGCUCAUUGUGGAGUUAGUUACGUAACGGAACCAUCAUACCUCCGACUAAUAGUGGGCACCUCCUCACGACUGAGCGGUGGUACAACUUACGAAAUCUCCGUAGUACAUGUCCAUGAGGAAUACUCUUCCUCCACCCUGGAAAAUGACAUUGCCGUCUUGGUCACUUCCAAGAAGAUGAGGUUUGGAAAGAAUGUCCAGAGCGUAGCUUUAGCUCCGCCAAACCAUAGUUUGACGGCAGGGAGUGAAGCUUUGGUGUCAGGAUACGGUACAACAUCGUUCGAAGGGACAGCGUCAUCAGUGCUGCUCGCUGCUAAAGUGAACGUGGUCGAGCAGUGGACCUGCGCCCAUGCGUAUCUGCGCAUCGCAGCCAUCACAUCCGGCAUGCUUUGUGCAAGCGCCUCCUCACCAGCCCGGGACGCCUGCCAGGGGGACUCCGGCGGGCCCCUCGUCUCCGACAACCUCCUCGUCGGCAUAGUGUCCUGGGGUGAAGGCUGCGCGGAAGAAUCUUACCCUGGCGUGUACACUAGGGUAUCUAAGUACUACUCUUGGAUUAAUGGGAAACUUGCAAAUGUUUGGGAUUAAUGAUCUGAUGAAUGUAGCUGCUCUAGGUGAACUACUCGUAAAAAUCCUUCAAUGGGUGGUGUAAUGCGAAAAAGUCAAAGAUUCAAUGUUACUUAUACCUACUGUAAUGUCGCAGAUCGCGAAACUUUUCAAUCGGAUAUCCGUUCACUUACCUAAGUUAUGAAUAAAAGGAACUUGUAAGUUUGAACUUCCCAUGAAAUUCAGCUAAAUUAUAGCAGGCACCUACUUGAUGAGUUUAACCUGCCUUAAUACCUAUAAUUUUGGAGUUCGAGUGACUACUUCGGUGUUUUCACAGCUUCAGCUGCAACUUUACAAUCUGACAACUGUGGGACUUAGUCAAUUUGUGUUAUAAUAUUUAUUUGUUAUUAUUAUGUAUUACAACUGUUGGUACAGUCAGCAUCAAAAGUAGCGGAUGAAACAACGCACCAAAAGUACCUGAUAUUCCGGAUAAAUUUUCUAAAUGUAGGUAAAUCUCUAAAAUGCACAUCCUAAAGUAUAUGUUUUACAGUCUAAAUUGUUCUACAUAUAUAACCAUCACUUUUUGUUAAGCUGUUACAGAAUGGCAGAUACUUUUGAAGCGUUGUUUGAUCCGCUACUUUUGAUGCUGACUGUCCCAUCAAUUUAGGGUCGACGGAUUGCAUCGCCUCUCAUCACCUAAAACAGGUGUCCUUUUUCUAACAGUUUCCCGAACCUUGGCUUGGAACAAUGGGUCAGUUGUCCAAAUUCCUGAAUUAUAUUGACUACUUAUGUUAUUUAAAUUUGUAAUAAAUGUAAAUUGUAUGCCA